AUGUGCGUCUCGUUCUUGGAUUCUUGGCUCGUAUCGCCUCCCGUGUUGGGGUACUUGAUGGGGCCACCCGCAGCCAACGAACGCUGGAAUGAGGGAGGGAGGAGGAAUGGAGCUUUGCGGACCAUCAGGCCAGAAGGUCUAGAAGCCUUCCAACGUUCAGCUGAGACGGCAAGGGUGGCAAACAACCUCGCUUGGGAUCCUACUCGGUGGUCAGGCGAUGUUCGCGAGAGAGGAGUUCGAGAGGAGAUGGUGCCCCGUUUCCUCUCCACCAGACGCCUUUUCUUCCAGCGGCAAAAUACCACAGAUCCGCCUUGCCGCUUGGCCCAGCCACUCACCACCGAGCAACGCGCGGCUGGCUCCGUCGAUAACGGCCGACUAUCUGUUGGUCCGGGUUUGGGAAUUCGAGGACGACAGGAACCUCACCUCGCUCCUUGGACCAUGCUCCAAUAUUUCCUGUUCGCCGUUGCUGCUGAAAUCCUUCGGACGGCUGGAAUGUCUCGAUUCUGCAUGAGGGUGUCGCAACCGUCUGGCUGCAUGAGACGCAUGGGUGUAAGCAUGUCGCCUUGGACAGCCCAACACCAUCGCACCAAACAACAUCAGAACACACCAAGCCAAACAAAGCCACUAUACGGCAGCGAUCAUGAUCCACAGUAA